AUGUGGAUUCGAAGCUUUUUACCCGGCCGCUCUCAAUCCGUCCACGUCAGUGACCAGCAGUCGGCUGAGGUUGCCGUUAGGAGUGGUGUUCCCCAAGGCUAUGUUCUUGGCCCUACACUGUUCCUCGUAUACGUCAACGACUGCGCGAACGAACUGGAUUGCGAUGUCUCAAUGUUUGCUGAUGACAUAAAGAUCUGGAGUGUCAUAGGAAACGAAUUUGAGGAUGAGCGAUCGCAGACAAAUCUAGACCGCCUCGAACAAUGGUCAAAAGACUGGCUUCUACCGUUCAACGUAAACAAGUGUAACUUCCUACGCGUCGGCGGAACCAGCUCUCCUAUCCGCAUGGUCAACCGUCUCGCUGGCAAACCACUUCAAGAAGUGGACGCCCAGAAGGACUUGUGUGUAUGGAUCACAACCUCGUUCAAGACUUUUCUGCCCCACUCAAAGAUAGCCAAGUCGGCGAUGUCCAUUCUAUACCUCGUCAAACGGGCGCAUUCCUGCUUUGAUGAAGAUUGCUUCGCCAAGGUCUUUCAAACUUUUGUGCGACCGCACCUGGAGUUUGCUAUCAAGCAUGGAGACCCUCGACCGCCAAAGACCUCGGCAUGGCCGAAGAAGUUCAACGGAGAGCAACGAAACUUGCUUCUACGAAACGCGAUUGGCUAA